UGGUGGCGUAGCCUCUAGGACUGUCUGAGCUAGUCUGUGUCCACGUCUGUGUCCACGUCCGUAUCUGUUCAAACACCUGUCAGCUUGUCACACAGCUAGUCACACGCCCUCUCUCCGUUCACACACAGACCUAGCAAUCUUUUACCUAUACUUUUGUCCCUCACCUGCUCUCACUCUACCUGUGUGGGAUUCUCUACAGUUUGGGAGACUGUGGAUACAGUAUCCAGUGAAAGGAGCCCGCGGAGGAAUCAUAGGAACCAGAUUGGGAGUCAGCAGAGGAAUCGUAGGAACCAGAUUGGGAGCCAGCAGAGGAAUCAUAGGAACCAGAUUGGGAGCCAGCAGAGGAAUCAUAGGAACCAGAUUGGGAGCCAGCAGAGGAAUCAUAGGAACCAGAUUGGGAGCCAGCAGAGGAAUCAUAGGAACCAGAUUGGGAGCCAGCAGAGGAAUCAUAGGAACCAGAUUGGGAGCCAGCAGAGGAAUCAUAGGAACCAGAUUGGGAGUCAGCAGAGGAAUCAUAGGAACCAGAUUGGGAGCCAGCAGAGGAAUCAUAGGAACCAGAUUGGGAGCCAGCAGAGGAAUCAUAGGAACUAGAUUGGGAGUCAGCAGAGGAAUCAUAGGAACCAGAUUGGGAGCCAGCAGAGGAAUCACCCGACUAUGUCAAAAGAGGGGGACAGAGCAUCAGUGUUGAAGACCUCUAAGGUUCGGACCAAGCUGAAGGGAGAUGCCAGCUGGAUGCAGAGACUCAGUGAACCUCAGUCUGAAACAGAGGAGGAGAAACCAUGGAUGGCAGAAGUUAAAGUGAAUCGACUGAAUGGAGCCCCUAUAGACACCAGCCCAAUAGCCUCUCCCACAUCCAAGACCCCUCCCUCCCCCACCAGACCUGCAGAAAAUGGAGGGGUUUUUACCGAGACAGACACCAAGCCUGCUGCCAACUCAUCUACAUCCAAUGGCUUCAGUUGUACUGACAAACCACCAGAAACCUCCCUGACCACAGAUGUUACAUCUUUUGUGGCUAAAAGGGUGGUGAUCACAGACAAUGAUGACUCUGUCUUCACCGAGACUCCCUCUGUCCCCAAAGAACCAGCUGCACUAUCUGUGAAAGGCGUCCCUCCUGUAUCUGUGAAAGACGUCUCUCCUGUAUCUGUGAAAGGCGUCCCUCCUGUAUCUGUGAAAGGCGUCCCUCCUGUAUCUGUGAAAGGCGUCCCUCCUGUAUCUGUGAAAGACGUCUCUCCUGUAUCUGUGAAAGACUUCCCUCCUGUAUCUGUGAAAGACGUAUCUCCUGUUUGUGUGAAAGACGUCUCUCCUGUAUCUGUGAAAGAUGUCUCUCCUGUAUCUGUGAAAGAUGUCUCUCCUGUAUCUGUGAAAGAUGUCCCUUCUGUAUCUGUGGAGGACAUCCAUGUAUGUGUGAAAGACGUCCUCAUGCCAACCCCUGUCAUAGUUGACACCCCAGCAGUGAUUGACCCUUAUGAGGGCAUGAAGCCAGGGCGUACCAAAGUGGCCACUGAGCUGUCCCCAGAGAGUAGUGUCCUGUUGAAAGUAGUCUCCCCAGUGUCCCCUGUCCCAUACAAACCAGUGAAGACAGAUCCUGCCCCAGUGGACACUCUGACAGCCCUGUCUGACACACUCAUCUCCUUCGACACAGGUUCAUCCAGCUCCAGAGUCCCUGACCCAGUAGGGACAGAGCCAGCAGAGCCAGAGGACAGAUUGCAUGGUGAGCCAAUCCCUCAGCUCAUAGUUGAUGAUCUCCUCUCUCUCACCAAUGGUCUAGAAGAGGAGUUGGUAAAGCCCAUCCCUCCCAGCCCAGGAUCUAGGAGUCAGGAGCUUCUCAGUGGAUCAGACAGAGAUAUUGUCUCGACAGAGGUAGUGUCCCCUGACAGUUCAACCCCUAGUACUGACUCCAGGUCAUCUGACAAUGAUUCACCGUGGGAUAGAUGGAGUGCACCAACUGUCUAUAAAGAGAAGGAGGACAGAGACCCAGAGCCUUCAAUGGACUGUUCUAGCUCCUACUCCAGGACCUUGGACAGUUCUGCCAACCAGAGACCCAAGGCACCAGACACCGAGUCCAAGAAGUGUUUUGUGUACCUGAAGGAGUAUGUGGACGUUACAGAUCUAACCAAGCACAACACUAGAGACAACGAUCCUGACUAUGUAACGUCUAGUUCUACCAGCCAUUCCUACAGUAGCCCCUCCUCUUACACCAGGUCUACCAUGACGUCUGCCUGUACGUACUGUGGAGAGCAGGUGGGCAACGAUGCCAAGAUCACCAUCGAGCACCUCAACAUCUCCUGCCACCCAGCCUGCUUCAAGUGUGGUGUUUGCAGUGAGCCAAUGGGGGACUUUCUGUUCAACAUGUUCCUGCACAAAGGGAAAGUCCACUGUGAGAGCUGCUAUGUCAACGUCUUGUAGGAUGCUUCCUUUCCUUGUCUCCUCGUCUCUUUUCCUUCAUGGCCACUGGGAGAUGACAAGACUGGAUGGUUGAUAUAACUGCUCUUUCCCAUCAAGACCUGUCGUCUGCUGACAGACACAGGGACACUGCACCUUGAGUUUGACAUGAAUUUCCAUGUGUGAGAUUUUGAUUUCAUACCUUUGUAUGGAUCUGAAUUUCAUGAGGUUAACACUGGAAUUCUAUGGCAGUUACUCUAUGGUUUAAAGAGAAUAAUAUGAUCAAAUUACUGAUAUUGUCUUCCGUCCAUUUGAAUGACCACUUUUUUUUUUUUUUUUUCUCCUUAAAGGCCCAGUGCAGUCAAAAAACAUGAUUCCUAUGUUUUACAUAUACUGUAUUUCCAUGCUAUGAGGUCGGAAUAAUACUACGAAAUUGGAAAAAUUAUGAUAAUUCUCUUUGUGUGUGUUGGGGAAAUUAUGAUUAAAUGACUGAACAAAUCAUUUUAAAUGGAACAGUAUAACUAAGUAAAACGUAUACUCUGUUUUAUUAUAUCUGAUUAACAAUAUGAGUUCAUAAGAAGGGAUUGUGAGACAUGGACAAGGAGUAAUUAAAGUUAAUGAACACCAUUCCAACUAGGCAGAAACGAAUGGGUUGUGGAUUAAGUAAACAGAUAAGGUAGUUAACCUAUGGUUGAACCGACGAAACUGAGCUCUGGGGUUUUUAGAUAACCUAGGAAUGCACUCACUGUCUUUUCUGUUAAUUAGAACUGUCAGUUCAGUGGUGAUCGAUAAUGUUGAGGGGUCAAAAGUUACCUGGGAGUGUGUUAAUAAGUUAGAAUUAACUUUUCACCUCACGUUGUCCCUGUCGAGAGGAGGGGUUUCUGUUAAGCAAUGAAAUGACGUCAUGUUUUGUAUAUAAACUGUUGAUCGUGGUGAAGUGGCAGCGCGCUCCGAGAAAAAAUUAUGUUACCUAUUAUUGAAAAGACUGGUCUCCGUCUAUUUUAUGCAAACAAGAAUCUUACAAAUUCUCAUAAAAUAGAUUAAGGGUUUUCAAUUAAUGAAAACACAUUGGCAUCAUUCAUUUACAGUAACAGUGUGUAAGCUCUGUUUGAAGAAAAAAAACUGCCAGAAAUGUCUGCUUGUUUUAGUGGGAGGAGUUUUGGCCAGAUUGGCGGUAUCACCAGGUGGUAUAUGAAUAACAACUAAUUUUCAUCAAACAUAUCCUUCCCAUUAGGCUCGUCCAGUUAGAACUCUCACUCAGGCCUACCAAAAUAGUUUUUCGAGAAAUUGCUCUUUGCUUAGAAGCUAUUUUUGUUUCUUUUUGACAAUUUUAGCGAGGUAAUUAAUUACCCAGAAAUGGUUUGAUAUUGAGAUAAAAACGGCUGCAUUGGCCCUUUAAUGUAGUAACUUUGUGAAUUUAUUGUGAAAUAUGAAGGAACUGUAUGUAAAAGUCUCUAGAUAUUAUUAUGUAAUGACACGAUUUAACUGGGAACUGGCUAUGUAGAUUAGCAGUUGGGUACAUUUCCUAAUUUCAGGCUUGACUAUGCAAAGUAAAUAAUUAUAUUUUUUUUUCAAAUUUUCAUUUUUAAUUGUCUGAUGCCUUUUCCUCACAAUAAACAAUCAAAACUGA